AUGCAGCCAGUGGCGGGGCCCUCCAACACCUCUACAUCCGCUCAGCCGCCUCCGCCCUCCAACACCUCUGCCUCUCAGCCGCCUCCGCCGUCGGCGACAGGAAGUCACCAGAUUACCCGGAAACGUGUGAGCUAUAGCUGUCAAACGUGUCGGCGGCGCAAAGUCAAAUGCGACAAGAUACUUCCAGUAUGCGGCAACUGCGCGAAAAACAAGACCGAGUGUGUCUACGACGUGGAACCGCAGCAAGAUGACACACAACCCAGUCGCGCCCGCCGGGCGAAUAGAACCAAACGGCGGAGACAACAGGAAAACACAGAUGAACACCUGCCGACGUAUGACAGUUCAAGGGCGGCAUCAUUAUCAAAUGUCCAGAAAACAGAUUUAAGCGCAGUUGAAGCCCAUCUGGCUCAACUUGUAUCGCUCGUUGAUCGGUUAAAGAAAGAUAACCGGGCGCAUGAAUCAACAGAGGCGCAAGCGCCUGCAUUAAACCCUAGCGCGGAAACCGCGCCGAGCGAAGAGGGCAAUGCUCCUACCAAAUCGCUUGUCGCGCGGCCAGACAGUCCAUCGGCUCCUGCUGAUUGUAACAGCGAUGAGUUUCCCAUCCCAAACGGUCAGACUACAGAUCUCGUUGAUCCACUGGGAACUUCAAACUUGGGCCACAUGUCCUUGGGGGAUGGUGGGAGUUCAAGAUAUGUGGGAACGACAUAUUGGGCUUACAUUUCCCAUGAAAUGGACGAACUCAAUCAAUUGCUCGGAAAUCAGAAUCGGUCGCAUGAUUUAGCAGCAGGUAGUGAUCAUACUGCAACCAAUUCAGUUUCUAGCGAGCGAAGACAGCGGAAAGAAUCGAUAAGCAGCCAAACCACCAGCCCAGCCACGCGCUCUCCCUUUCCGCUCGGCUUCUCGGGGCCCAUCCAGAAAGCUGUUUGCAUCCCACCGGGUUAUUUCUCAGUGAAUGAUAAAGCGGUGGAGGCAGAUAUGCUUAAGCAUGUUCCGACAAAAUGGCAGAGUGACAUUCUCUACAAGGGUUUCAUGUCUGGUGUCCACUCCCUGAGUCCUAUGGUUCACCCUCCGAUGAUCUUGAAACUAUACAAUGCCUUCUGGGACUGGUACGACGGCAAAAGUUAUACGGGGGAGCUGUGCCCUAGUCCUUCUUUCAUUCCACUCCUAUACGCAAUAUGGUUUGGAGGUUCAGUUUCGAUUUCUAUGAGAACAAUGGAGAUGGAGUUCAAUACGUCGUCACGAGCUGCCCUCUCGACAAAAUAUAGUGAUGAGGUCACUUGUUGGUUGGCCAAGAUAUCGUUUCCCCAUAGCGUCACACUUCACGGUCUGGCGGCCUAUCUUAUUGCGCAGACAAUCUUGUCAAGAGAGGAAGAACCUUUGGCAAGUAGUUUGUUUGUCAGUUUAGCAGUGAGAGUGGCGCAGACUUUAGGGUUACACCGGGAUCCCUCCCAUUUCAAUAUCGAUCCAUGGGAGGCAGAGUUUCGACGCCGAUUGUGGUGGCAUAUCAUGCAUAUGGAUGGCGUUAUAGCGAUGUCGAGUGGGCUUCCACCAUUGCUUACCGAUGACACUUACUGGGAUGCUCGGGAGACGAGCGAGGUCAAGGACACCUUGUUGGGUACUACCGAAGCCAAACAGUAUGAACAAUCGGUUGCUUGCGGCCAGCGGCCGCCUGAUAAUCCAGACGACCCGACUGUUUGUGGUGGGCCAUCGAUGGUGAACGUGUAUUAUUUGUCCGCAAAGGGCAAAUGCAUAAUGGCCAAGUCUGUUCGUAGAAUCCUAAGGAUCCAGCUAGGCACGAGGCCUCUAACAAGAGGGGAUAUGGUUGAGCUUCGCUCUGUUCUUCAUGAUCUUCAAGUCAAACUCAACUCCAUCAUAAACAGAAUUCCAGAGACAAAUGCAACUGAAAAGUCAGCAGCAUCUUCAAGACGAGCUCCUCAUUCCACCGCGGAGGAACUUCCUAUUGAAGGUCCAUCUGGCUGCCCGGAGCAAUAUCAUUCAGUAGUCCUCGUCUCGUUUCAUAAAUGGGCCAGGAUUAUUUUAUCGUUAUUCAUUGAUAAGGCAUUUUGUGUUGCGUACCAACCAUUCCUCAGGAAUCCUCGAAGUCGAAUCUGGCCCGUAGCACGCCAAAGUGCGCUACGGCAUUCUUAUUCAUUCAUGGAGAAGUUUAUUCGAUUGGCGACGGAUCCCGACUUUCAGCCGUUUCAAUGGGGCUGGCCAGGGAACCAUCAGCCCAUGCAUGCAAUGAUGAUUAUUCUCAUCGACUUGUACGAACGACCAUUUAGCCCCGAAGCACCUGUGUCACGCGGAUUCAUUGAUCAAAUUAUGUCGCUCUCCGGACCCGACGGGGGUGUCGUAAGUGGCGGAGAUGACAUUUUCACACAACGUCCGCUGAGGAAUGGAGGCCGCGAGGCCUGGGAUAUGAUCCGUCGUCUGCGCCAAAAGGCCUGGCAGAAAGCCGGUCUGAACCCACAAUUGCCCUGGACGGGACAAGAUUGGCCAACCGAGUCUGGCUUCGCAAAUACACCUUACUUCAAAUUCUUGUCAUCCGCAACCGUGGCCGAACCUACUACGAGCGCAGCAGUGACUGCCUCCCACUCGUCAUGUGACAAAACAUUUGCUCCCGACUUAGCCUUUGCACGUUCCCCCGCUGCUACUAUCCCGACUCAACAAUCCAUCCUCAACUCUCCUACGGUCGACUUCAUGAACGCCGCCGAUCCGAACAUGAUGCCUGCUCCUGAGCCCUCUGUCCCCUUCUUGCUCGAUCCGAGCCAUUUUGACUGGGGUGAAUGGGACAAUAUCUUUGGGCAAUCUCUACCCGUCGCGGAUGAGCUUAUGGAACUCGAUCAAGUCACGGGGCUUGCAUUUGCGGACUUGGAAAAUGGCGCUACGUGA